UUUUCCAUUUUAAUCUUUUCUCCCUCCCAAAUUGUUUUCCUUUGUCCUCCUAGAAAAUCUCACCUUUUUAUCUUGUUCGGGCAAAUUAAAAGCCCUGCUUUCCCAUCUGCUUUCACCCGUUUAACAAAUACAAUAAUAUACAAAAGCUGGUUUCCACUGUUGCCCAACAAGCUCAAACUGCUGAAACCAGUACAAGGAGAGCCGCUGAAAACACUGAAUUAGUACUUCUUUUUGUGAAUCUUUUUCUCAGUCUCACUUCUAUUUCAUGGUUUCACCGUUACAUGCAACAAAACAACCCCAUUUCUGAUCUUUCUUCCUCUCAGAAACUCGGGGUUUCUUUUUCUUAGUUUAGUGAGCCAGCCAUGAGGGAAUCUCAUCUUUUCAUCACUUUAACUCUUUUAAUUGCUUUCACUCUUCAAUUUCAAGCCCAUGCUGCUCCUGCUGGGCCUUUGAUAAAGCACCUGUCUUCUCUUCUAAAAUGGACAACCAGGUCAUCCUCCUCCAAAGAACCUCAAUCUGAUGGGAAUGUUCUUCAAUUUGAAAAUGGCUACUUAGUUGAGACUGUGGUUGAAGGGAGUGAGAUUGGAGUAGUUCCUUACAAGAUCCGGGUCUCUGAGGACGGUGAGCUGUUUGCUGUUGAUGAAGUCAAUAGCAACAUUGUAAAAAUCACUCCACCAUUGUCCCAGUAUAGCCGGGGAAGAUUGGUUGCCGGGUCCUUUCAGGGCUACACUGGACAUGUGGAUGGAAAGCCAAAUGAAGCUCGUUUCAAUCAUCCCAAAGGUGUAGCCAUGGAUGAUAAAGGGAACCUGUAUGUUGCUGAUACUUUGAAUCUUGCAAUCAGAAAGAUAGGAGAUGCAGGUGUGACAACCAUUGCUGGUGGGAAGUCAAAUGUUGCAGGGUUCAGAGAUGGACCCAGUGAGGAUGCAAAGUUCUCAAAUGAUUUCGAUGUGGUAUAUGUUCGACCCACCUGUUCCUUAUUAGUUGUUGACAGAGGAAAUGCUGCUCUUCGACAAAUCUCACUUAACCAAGAUGAUUGUGAAUAUCAGGCUGAUUCCAUUUAUCCCACAGCAGAUAUACUGAUGGUUAUAGGUGCUGUUUUGGUUGGAUAUGCUGCCUGCAUGCUUCAGCAGGGACUUGGUCCUUCUUUCUUCUCAAGAACGCAACAACCUUUGGACAGCGAAUUCAAAGAACAGCCAAAUAUGGAGAAAUCCACUCUUAUAGCAGAUAACAUGAAAGAGGAACCAGGAUGGCCAUCUUUCGGACAAUUAAUUGUUGAUCUUUCCAAGCUUUUAUUUGAGGCAAUUGGUAGCAUAUUCCUUUACUUUAUCCCCUCCCGAAUGAGACCUGGUGGUGUCGGCUCCAAGGGUCUGACUCCAUUGAAGGAUAAUCUCAAAAUGCUUGAAGACGAUGUUGAGCCCCCAUUAAUGCAAAGGCAGAAGUCAGCUGCUCUGGUAUCUGAAGCCCAUCACAUCCAUACUCCCACUACAACGGAUAAAUAUUCAGAAGUGAAACCCCCAAAGAUCAAAUCAUCCAGUUUUAAGGAACCUUCUCUAUUCACCAAGCACAGGUCCUCCUCAAAGCGACAUGAAUUUUCAAACUUCUAUGGGUCAGGUGAACCUCCGUAUGUCAAAUCUAAGAGCCAGAAAGAAAGAACAAAACAUCGUCAACGCGAUAGAAGUGGAGAGUUUGUUUAUGGAGCAAGUGGCAUGGAUCCAAAACCAGCUGAGGUCAAGCCACUGGAUUAUGACAACCUGAAGUUCGACCAUUACAAUAUGAGGAGCAAGUAUGCGGAUGAAACCUACCGAUUCUAAAUAUAAACAUAAAACUUAAGUGAUUGCUCUCACCUGCAGGUAAUUUCAACUUUUUUUCACUUUUCGUUGUAUCCUUUUCUUUGCUUGGUGCCAUGAAACUUGAACUCCAUAUUCAAACCAAAACUGUAACCCAAGAGCUUAGCUCAAAAAAAAAAAAAAAGUUUCUAGGUCUGAGUUCUGCAACCCAUGAAGUACUGCAAAGGGUCUCUAAAAGAAACUGAUAAUAUCUUAGAAGCAUGGUUGUUGAAAACUGAGUUUUGCGGAGUUAAGUAUGUUUUGCAGAA